ACACUUACAGAUAAUUUUGUUUCAGAUAAUAUGUCCAAUUUACAGAAUAAAAUUGUUUUAAUCACCGGGGCUAGUUCCGGAAUCGGAGCUGGAGCUGCGCUUCAUCUUGCAGGACUCGGAGCUAAACUCUCCUUGGUUGCACGGAAUACGGAGAAACUGGAGCAGAUUGCAGAACAAUGUAGAUCUCUAGGCAGUCCUCAGGUUCUUAUUUGCCCUCAUGACCUCAGUAUAGAGGCUGAAUGUGUGAAGGCCGUCGCUGAAACUGUUAAAAAGAUGAACGGUCUUGAUGUAUUGGUCAAUUCCGCCGGUAUUCUUGUAUCCGGGAGCAUUCUUACAUUAACUUCGGAGCAGUAUGAUCAUUGCAUGAAUAUAAACACACGAGCAGCUUUUAUCCUGACGCAACAAUGCGUACCACAUCUUAUCAAGACCAAGGGUACUAUUGUACAUGUUUCCAGUGUAACCGGUCUUCGCGCAUUUCCUGGUGUGCUGGCGUACAAUAUGAGUAAAUCCGCGGUGGAUCAACUCACGCGUACAGUAGCCCUUGAGGUUGCGGAGUUUGGGGUCAGAGUCAACGCCGUAAAUCCGGGAGUUAUUGUAACAAAUGUACAUAAACAGGCUGGGAUGGCCGACGAAGCGUAUGAAAAGUUUCUUGAGCACAGUAAAACUACACAUGCCCUGGGCCGGGUAGGUACUGUUGAUGAAGUGGCUAAAGCUAUUGAGUUUUUGGCCAGUGAUAAAUCAUCAUUUAUUACUGGACAAACCUUGGCCAUUGACGGAGGAAGAAGUGUAAUGUGUCCAAGAUAGAUGAAAAAAAAUAUUUUAUCAUUUAAUGGGUUUUGGUAGUUUUUUUCAGAUCUCUAUAAUGUUAAUAAAAUAAUUUUAUAUUGUUUUAAUUUGUUUUAUAAUGAUCUGACGUACUUUUGAUAAUUUAUUUAAAUCGAUUUUAUAUAUUACAUUUUACCACAGUUUGUUUUACAGCAAGAUGUCAAAUUUUUUCAUUUGAAGAAUUAUUUUUUACGCAUUCUUUUUCAAAAUGUUUAACAUUUGAAUUUUGCGAUGUUAAAGGUAUACGCUAACUUUAGCACGAGUCUGUGAAACUAAAGAUAUCAAUAACUACCAGAGUAAAUAGCCCACACGCUCGAGAAAUUACCAAUAACGUUUUUAUUUGAAGAACUCCAUUUUGGUUGGAAAAUAUAUAUGUUUUUUUUUUUCAUUCUUUCUCGAAAAAGUCUUAAUAAUAUAUUUUAAAAAGUGCUGAAGUAUUAAAAAUUUCCGGUGACUUGACAAAUCUAAUAAAAUUAUUAUUUUAUUAAAAGCAUUUUUUACUGUAGUUUUAAUGCUCGGAACAUGAUAAAUUUUGUGAUUAUACCUUUUUUAUGAACAGUGUGAUAUUAUAUUUUAUCGUGUUAUCUUUUCUAACGUUUUUAUAGAUUUUAUAAUUCAUGUUGGCGCAUUUGUCUAGAUGUAAAUGGCGCAUUUUCUGAUGUUUUCUUAUUUUUCUACUAAUUUCAGA